AUGGCUUCCUUCCGUACUGGAGGAGCCAUUCCGCACGCCCACGAGGGAGUGUUCCGCCAGCCAGCGUUGCUGCGCGUGCUACUUGGACUUGUGCGCGACGUGCGAGCAGCGGCGAACGUCCACGUGACCAAGUGUGACCCGAGCUUGGUGCCUGUAGAGGGCAUGUCUGCGGCUGCAUCUACCUCUGUCAGUGUGCAGCAGCACCAGCCCCUCCAGGAUUGCUUGCUGGCGCACGGCAUUCUGAAGCGAUUGCAACCGCUGAGCUCCGAGUCCAGCGACAACGAAGUGGCUGAGGAGAGUCGUGCUCUGCUUUGCACCAUCGUCAAUGAGCUGCUGACUGCAGAUGCUGAGGUGUCUUCACCGUCGCCCCCUCGAUUGUUGCUGGCGAUGCACACGCAGGGGUACGAUGUUACGCUGGUACCAACGUUAGUGGCUCAUAUGCCGGCGAUGAAGCUCAUGUGGGACCACUGGAUGGUACCAACUUCGUCCAACUCGUCGGGUUCUUCGUCGUCUCGCUCAGCUACACCGGGGACGAAGCCGCUGAUGGGGUUCGUGGCUGAAGGUGCUGAGAAGGACCUCCCCAAGUGGCGCUUCCGACUGCGCGUGAACGCCGACCCGAGCGCGGAGCUGGUUUGCAUUGAGGAGAGGGGGAGAGGCAUGAACGGCAGUACAGGACUGUCACGCUCCGACAAGGUGUCGGCGAUUUCUGCAGCAUCACCUACAGCAUCGAGUUCCAGUCCGCGCGUGUAUAUUCCGGUGUCGCCGAAUACAUUGAGUCCGAGAUCUGCUGAAGCUGUUGGCGAUUCGAGCACACUUGGUAGCGGCAGCGGACUCGUGAGUUCUAUCAAGAAUUUUAAGCGCAAGAAGAACGCUCGAGAGCGGCUUCACCCUCUAGAGAGCGAGUCUCCGCGCUAUCCACGACACUACCAGCAGCAGCGGCAUCUUCCAGUUGUUCCAUCGUCGCCAUCCCGUUAUCCUGAUUCACCUCGUGCACCAAAAGGAGCUCUCGAAGACUCGGAUGAUGAAGUGAUCCAGUUGAAGCGGUUGAACGCCCACCUGGCAUCGGGCGAGACGGUUGAAGAGUGGAUCCGGUCGUACGAAGUGGAGCGUGGCAACUUCGCUUCGUUCGCUAUGUUCACUGAGGUCAAGCUGGACGAGGUGCAGGAGGGAUAUGUGGAGCAAGUCGGCCGACCGAAUGCCGUGGAAGCAGCAGCGUGCUGUGCCACGCUGCUGAAGAUGCUAGGCAUCGUUGGGUGCUACCGAACGUUGUUGGAGAAAAUGUCGGCGGGGAUCCAAGGCGCCAUCUACCUUCCAGACGCCUCAUUGUCGUCCAUAGUCACGGACGCAACCUCGCCGGACGCGAUGUUCGCGCUCGUGCAGAGUUUUUACUCCCGCACUCCGUACUUUGAGCGCGUUCGCGAGCUGAAGAAGACGCUUCUAGCAAGUCGGAGUAUCACGGAUCCGACUGUGCUGCGAGCAGUUAGCGUGGAUGAUGUGGCUCGAAUCUUCCAGUACGUUCCAUUCGCUCACGUCCAAGCGGGGAUCGCAAAGGUCUACGCCACCAACUCAGCCAAGCUGGAUCAGCUUGUGAAUGCCUUGCAAGAACAACAAGGUUUGUUGUUAUUGAGACGGAAAGAAAUGGGGAUCAAUGAUCCAGACUACCCUGUACAUGUUCCGCUCGCUACGAGUGCGCAGAUCUGCCGCGCUAUCACUCACAACGCCGCAAGUUUCAGCUCCAGCGGCCGAGACAUGAUCCUCUGUGCUAUCGUGGGGUUGGUAGACGCCGACUCGUUCCGAGCACUUCGAUCUUCACGGGAAGAUGUGCUUUUUGCAUACUUGACCUACACUGAAGGCAUGGAUCAGCUGGAGCUUGUCGUGGACGCGCUGCCUAAUGCGGGCGAGUCGCUCUUCCGCUUGUACCUCGCUACGUGCUCUGGCAGGGUCGGAGAUCUACCGGACGAGAGUCCCAAGGACGUGUUCUUCUUGAAGCUGCUGAGCCCCGACAUGGGGCGACCUGGACGCGAGGAGCAGUGGCUUCUGCUGUCGAAAGAGUACGAGAAGAACGACAAUGAGCGCAAGGCCCGGAAGCUACGACGAGCCAGCGUGAACGCGUCGGACUUUGACAUUGAGAUCGAAGAAGACACGACCGACGGGCGAUCUAUGUCCCAGUCGUCCACAGCAGCAUCGAUCGAGCGCUUCCAGAUUAUCAUGCUGAACUACCUGCGGCACCACAGCUUAUCCAGCGCCCAACUACUGCAGCUUAUGCUGAAGACGCUGUUCAAGAUGCUGUCGCGAGAGGAGAGGGCGGCGUGGAUUGACCGGAUCAACUUUAAACACCCAACGGACAGCUACAAGAAGAGGAUCCAAGACCUGAAAGACGCGGUCGCAGCAGCGAAGAGCGCACCUCCAGAUCUUAGUGACCCCGGGGCGCAUAUCUCCCGAAUGAAGGCGGAUCUGAAAGUGCGCUGGCUGGAGGCGAUCAUGGAGUACGCGUUGAACGAAACGGAGAGCUCAGCGAGGCUGGCGGCGCUCAAUCAGGCUCAUCAGCCGUUUGCAAACGUGAUGAACUCGCCCUCGUGCGUGAGCGCUGUCGAAUCCACCGAGCUGCCCCUCGCCCUCUCCUUCUUCACCGGCUCCACGAGUGUCUUUAUCAUCCUCGCGCUUGGAACGUCGUGCUCUUCGACUUCCGAGUCGUGA